AGUAAACUCCUCGCUGCGUUAGUACGUUACCAAUUUUCGUUUAGUAAACAACGGGUCUCGAGUUUUGCCUUAACUGGCUGGCUAAUAUCAAACAGUCCGGGUGUAAAAAUUAAACCUCUUCUGCUGAUCCUACGCGCUCAGCACGGUUGUUGAGAUUACUGCCCAAUGCAGUUCAGCGCGUUGACUCGGGCAUCUCAGGCUCGGUCGGGAAAGUUUUCUCGUGGAUUUCGUAAAUAUUGAACCACUUGGAUGAUAAUAUUUACUAGCGGUCGAUAUUUACUACUACUGCACAGGGCACCUCAGGUGGAUUAUCGGUUCGGUCCGGUGAAUUUGUUUGGAAAAUAUUCGUGCAGAAGAAAAUAUUGUGCCAAUGUGAAUGCUGUGCGCGACUAAACACCGGAAAACAUAAUCAUCGAUCGUUAUCGUGAUUCAAGAAGUAGUUUAGUGGAUUAACGGAGAAAGAAAAAUACAGCGUGUUAUCGGAAUACAGGAACGCAUAAAAUCAGCUGAACAAUAUCACUGGAACCUAGCGCCGCCGUUUUACGGACGACGGUCCCGGGAUUAUUCAUUGCUCAGUUGUAGAGAAAUCUUCAAAAAUUCUUAUCGGGAGUGAAAUAGACUACAUGUUGGCGACAACGGCCGCCAACAGUGACAUGGCGCCACCGGAUGGUCCCAUGCAAUACGACACCAAAUGGCAUACCAUGAAUUUAUUAAACCUGCCAAAAAUCAAGCAGGAAAACUUCAAUCACCUAGUAGCACUUCCCGCGUACGAGCAGGUCAAAUCCCCUGGAACACCUCAGCUGCCCACCGUCAUCGAGCGGGUUCACGAAGAGCCGGAAAGUGCAGACGCAAUCAUCACCACGACGAUAAAGACGGAUGAUAUUACCGGCAACGGUCUGGUCGGUGACGACAGGAGUACAACAACGAGUUCUUCGAGUCCAACGGGCACAAAUCGAAACUCACACACAAAACCACCGUACAGCUACGUGGCAUUGAUCGCCAUGGCCAUUCAGCAUUCCCAAAUGAAACGAGCAACGCUGAGUGAAAUCUACGGCUACAUUACGUCCCGCUUCCCGUACUUCGAGAAGAACAAAAAGGGUUGGCAGAACUCGAUCCGCCACAAUCUCAGCCUGAACGAGUGCUUCGUAAAGAUUCCCCGGGAAGGUGGAGGCGAACGGAAGGGCAACUACUGGACACUGGAUCCCCAGUACGAGGACAUGUUCGAAAAUGGAAACUACAAACGGAGGAGGCGAAUGAAGCGACCAUAUCGCACCGGUCAUUAUUCCAAGAUGUUCGGGGAUUCGUACAUGGCGAACGCGGGUAGUUUUAGCCAUCGGCCGGUGUUCACGCAAAGUCCCUACCAGACGUACCCUCGGUACGAUGCGGGGACAACCUGGAUGCCAGCACCUCAGCUCGGAUCGUACACUUCGUGUUCUACGAGGUCCAACUACUCAUACUCAGCACCGCUACAGCAACCGGUGCAACCUGUGACUAUCAACACCUACGGAUCGUUGUCCAACAACUUAGUUUCGGGCAGUACGCCUCCUCCAUGCCCUCGGCGGUUUGAGCCCUACUAUUCACAUUGGGAUACUGCAAUACUGCCAAUGGUGAAGGAUGAGAAUCCCAACCAGAUGAGCGUGACGUCAACCCAGCAGAACUACCAGAAAAACUAUCUGCCGCAGCCCUAACAGCGACACUGGAUGGUAUCCCUGUCAAAACUACCACAGCCGCGUAUGAUGGAGGUCGCACCGAACAAACUCAACUCUACCAUUUUCUGUAGAACUAAACUGAAACAGGCGGAACUUUUUCCUCUUUACACCUAGCUUAGAAAACACAUCCGUAGCUAAUUUGUGACCAGAAAAAAGAAGAUUUUCAAAACUCUUCGGCAUAUAAAAGUUAAAUUUGUGAAAACUGCACAACUUGUUUAGAAAAAACAUAUAUCAAUUGCAUUUAUCGAGGCAAGCUUUGGAAAUUGACGAGCGUAGUCCAUUUCUCAAUCAAAGUUGAUGUACAAACAAAAUUCAAAGAAUGAAAAUACCUUUUUGCUGUAUAUAGCUCAUGAACUAAACAGGAAUUUACUAUAAUGAUCGGGAUCUCUAGUGUUAAUUAUGAAUCGACGGAUUUUAAAGAGAGAAAAAAAACAUUGAAGGCUAUAACAGUAAAUUAUUUAUUUAAUGAAAUAAAGAAACCUAGUUUAGUUAUUAAAAUUAAAUAUUCGUUAGUAGCAACUGCAAAUCAGAUUAUUUUUGUAAAUUGUUUGGCAACUCGUUGUACAUGGUAAAAUUUUCCGUCCAAACAAGUGACUGUUUGUCCCAACUCUGCGUUGUAAUCGACGUUUCAAAUAAAAUUUUGUGAAACUAUG